AUGCACACGGACAAUAAACUGGCCAAUCAUGGCGAGCAAGUCACCGGUGACGGACGAGCUCAAAUGGCCGCUGUAAACCUGCAAGCCCAGCAGCAGGGAGCCGCCGGUCAGCCGGGCCCCAAGAACCGCCUCGCUUCCGGGGGGCAUGGAGGCAACAAGAGUAGCACCGGGUCAAAGGUCGCCGGGCAAUUGGCGAGCGGCGCCGGGGGGAUGCUCAAAACCAAAAGCAAGCGGGAGAGGAGUGUGUCUGUGGAUUCUAAUGAACCGAGACAGGCUGCUUCCAAAAGUCAGGAAGCUGAUACCAAAGCAGAGGGUGUCACGCGCAGUAAGCGUCGAUGUGUUCUGGAGAAGAAGCAGCCAUACAGUGGAGAUGAAUGGUGCUCUGGACCCGACACCGAAGACGAUGAAGACAAGCCUCGUUUGACCACGCAACGCGAGCGAGGGCUGUCAGGACCUAGGCAAUCUGAUAAUCCACCUGCAGGGACUGCCACAUCUGAGCCUGUAGUGGCUUGUGGACCAGGACCAGUAACUGGACUGAAGCCAGGACCGCCUGCGCCUCAGCCCUCACAGCAGCUGUUGUAUGUCUUCACAACCAGUAUGGCCAACAGUGCUGCAGAGGCAGUGAUGAAAGGGAAGGUGGAUUCCAUUCUUCAAUUCCACCAGCAAAAUGUUCCACGAACAAAGUUGGAGCAGGGACAUGCACUGCUUAGAACUGGUGAGAAGGUGAACUCCAGCACUUCUCCACCCGCAGGCACACCUAAAUCCAAAAGUGGAACCCCUCGACCCAACUCGGCUGGAGGCAGUGUCCCACUCUCUGCGGGAACUCCGAUGUCAGCAGGCCGCUCUGAUAAUGACUCUCCUCAGACCAGACUAAGUGGUCUGUCUGGUUCUAACUCUAUUCUCCCCAAUAGGCCAGAGGGAGAUGGCAAAGGCACACCUUUAGGCUCAGUCUCAGGAGCUGUACACGAUGAGGGUCUUCCCGUUCCUAGUCUUUCCCCAUCAGGGAGUCCUUCCCUCUUGUCCGUGCAUUUACAGGGUGACACAAGAAACAGAAGUGGCCCUGAAAAUGUAGGCGGUCUUUCUAAGGAGCAGCUUGAACACAGGGAACGUUCAUUGCAGACUCUGAGAGACAUCGAGAGGCGAUUUCUAGGCACUGGUGAAAGACCUCAUAGUGACACGGGAGGCUCCAACAAUAACCUUACGAAUAAUGCUUCCAAUGAGAUUAACAACAGCAGUAGUGAGCGAGGCGCUAUUCUUGAGGACAAUAACGGUACGAACACUGGGGAUUGCGGUAGCAUGGCACUGUCGGCCUUGGCCUCACUGGGAAACGUAAAGAAAUUUGAAGAACCACUGCAGUCCAUAAUGUCUCAAACGCAAUUGCUCAGCACUGCUACCCACAGCCCGGAAAUAGACCAUCACCAUAAUCUACAGCAGCACUCUCAUCAUCAGAUAUCCUCACCUGGUUUAGACAUGGGCCCCUUACUUGGACCGGAAGGGCUUAAUCAAGAACAAAUUGCGUGGCGGAAACUACAAGAGGAGUACUACCAGGAGAAGAGGAGGCAACAAGAAAUGCAAAGUCCCCAGAACUUGAGGAUGAUGACUGAAAUGGGCUUGCAUGGAGGUCCCAUGAUAAUAAGGGGACCACCUCCCCCAUAUCAUAGCAAGCCUGGAGAUCAACAAUGGGCUUCUCGAAACAUGAUGGGAGGAAGAAUGGCCGAAAACGUACGAAUGGCAAGUAUGCAUCAAGAAGGACCUGGGCGCCCAAGGUUCCUAGCACAGAUGCAGAGAGGGACACCAGGUGGAGAAGGGUUUCCUGUUAGUCCAGGGGGGCUUUUAUCUGUCGAUGGUCUAGGACCUCAAAGGCCUACAAGGCCAGAGAUUUGGCUUGAUAAUAUGCCAAACAACAUGGAUGGCGGAGGUCAAUUCCAUGGCUGCUACCCUCCACAGCACUUGCAGGAUGAGCCAGAGCAUUUAUUAACCCGUGAGGAAUUGUUUCGGAUAACAGAGAAGCGACAAAUGCAGGGGCUUCCACGGUUUGAACUGGACCGGAUUAUUGCACAGAGGCAACAUGGCAAUAUGGGCUCGAGAAUCAUGGAAAAUCCAGGGGGACCAGACUUCUCCAAUUUGAUAAUGGGGAGAGGUCCACCUUCAGAUCAAGGGGAUCCUUUGGACUUUCCUAGUUCACGGGACAUGAUGAGUUCUCCUGGAGGUGGGCCUCAGAUCAGAGAUUUAUUGGACUCUCCCCUCGGAAGCAACCUUACUGUAAACAUGAACCCACAGAUGAAUCUUCAACAGCAACAUUUGACUCUGUCACAAAAGCUCAGAAGGGGCCAAGAAAGAGCGGGACCUUUUGGUGAGUUUAUCAGUCCUGGAGAAAUGGCAAGAAUACGAGCGUCGCAAAAUGAGAGAAGAAAUAUGGCAAUGGUCUCAGGACCUGAUGGACCAUUUCGUUUUCCGACACAAGGCCCUUUCUCCAGUGGUGAAGGUCCAUAUCCUCAGCAGCCCCCUGAGCUGUACGGGCCUGAGCCGGAAAGCCGAAAUCCAUUGGGAAGUACGUCACGUCUCAGUCAUAUGCCAAUCACUGCAGACCUCAGAGCAGGAGGUUCUGGUCCCCGGCAUUCUAGCGACCUAUCUGUUAAUAUUCACCCUCUGGCUUCUCCUACGGUCCAGCAUCCUCACCAUCUUAGUUCUCCAUCCUUUCAACGAGAUGCAUCAACUCACCUUCCAUCACCGUCUGCUCCAGGACAGAAGUCUCCUUCAAUUAUUGUCCCUCCAGGUCCUCACCCUGCUUUUCCCCCUGCUUCUGGUGCAGGAACACCUUGUUCUUCUUCCAUCAAAUCACCCCAAAUAAUGGGGCCUUCUAACCAUGACUUGCACUCCCCUUCCAACUCACCUGGACGGCUGAAGUCCCCAACUGUGGCUAUGGGCUCUCCUACGUGGAUUUCUCCGAAAACGGAUCCUUCAAGUCCAGGUGGACUUACCGGUGUGGGGGCUUCAGGUAAUGGAGGAACACACCCUGAAACAGGUCGAUCACUACCCGCUAGAAGUUCCAACUCCACCCCAAAUAGCCAACCAGGCUCGAUGAAUCCUAGUAUGACAUUCACAUCUUCGCCCAAUGCCCCACAAACACAGAAUCCUUUGUCGCUGAUCAUGUCUCAGAUGUCCAAGUAUGCUCUGCCCAGCGCCACUCCCCUUUACCACGAUGCAAUCAAAACAAUUGCGACUUCUGACGACGAGAUGAUGCCCGAUCGACCUCUUCUGCCUGGUGUCAGCAUUGGAGGAAACAUUGGGAACCCUCCGACAUCCCAGGGCCUGGUCUCACAGAGUUCCAUCGCUGCCCAGAGUGAUUCCCAAAGCCCCGUGGGAAUCCCAAGCCAAGGUCAGCAGCAACUAUCCCAUGAUGCCUCGGAACCUGUGCUGUCUUCCCCAAACCCAAUGGGCCUUCCUCUCAUGACUUCCACCAUGAUGGGAGGAGGAAAUGAUGACCUCGGUCCUUGCAAUAUUUCACCAAUGUCUCAAAACCAGAUGGCGGUUUUUCCCCGCAUGCAGCCUUCGUCUCACAGCCGUAUGCGAUCUCCCAUUGGCAGAAUAUCUCAAAACUUUUCUCAGUCCAGCGAAGACAUUCUUUCUCCUCAGCACCUCAACUUGCUAGGUAAAGACCCACACCAACGCCACCCUCAUCCCUCAGAGACCUUACCGCCUCUUACCAUGGGAGACGGCCCAGAUCUGAGUGAAGUCAUACGACCUACUCACUCUGGGAUCCCUGAGUUCGACCUGUCUCGCAUCAUUCCCUCUGAUAAACCCAGCAGCACCCUCCAGUAUUUCCCUAAGAGUGAACCGCACCAGAAUCCAAACCAGGGGCCGCAACCCCAGCAGCUCCUUAAACACUUAACUUCCUCCGGUCCUCCUCACAUGUCAUCAUCCAACCCCCACUUGGCCAAUUUGCAGAAUAUGCUGCCAGAGCAGCAGCUGCCUCCUCACCAGGGUCAUGGCGGACUCGGACAAAAUAUGGCUGUCCUCCAAGGAAAUACCAGGGGGAUGGUGUCCAGUGCAGGCAUGGGUGCUAUGUGCCGUGGUGGACACAUGUUUGGAAGGACAGGCAUGGUUCCCCAACAACAGCAAGUCAUGAUGGCAAACAGCCUUCUCCACCAUCCUGCCAGCCCAUAUACAGGAAUGAUGUCACCUCAGCAGCACCAGCACAAUUUAAUGGCGCGGCAAAAUGCGAUGAUGAUGCAGGCCAAGCAACGCAACAUGCCCAUCCCGGGAGACCCCUUUAGCACCCAGGGUGCUUUAAUGUCCCCUCAGGGUCCCAUGAUGGCCCCAUCCCACACGCAGACUGGAAUGAUGGGACCGCAGUCUCUCAGACAGCGGGGUAUGUCUCUGGACAGCCCCAUUGGGUACGGUCCUGGCGGUAUGACCAACAUGCCUUUUUGA